UUGUUGAUUUCACACAGAGAUAAAAAGAAACGGAUAGCAAUAGGGGUUUGCAACACUGUGGCCGAGCCCAUCCCGGGACAGCGUGUUCCUAAUAUUGAAGAGCAGAGAGGAGCGUCUCAUCCCUGCGUUGUAUUUAUGGCUCUGAUCGGCCCGGAUGGGAGUAGCGAACUCGCAACAGCAUCCAGCACUGCGGAGAGCUCAAGCAGCGCAAUGCAGCGGAAUGAAGCCGGGUUCUCCACGGACGGGCUGCCCAAAGCCUUCCUGCAAAGCCUCCGGACUCUAUUCGAUAUUCUGGACGACAGCAGGAGGGGGUACGUGCACAUAUCGGAAAUUGAGUCCAGAUGGCAAGGCGCGGAGACCCGGGAGCUCCCCGGCGGGGUGCUGGAGUGCUUGCGGAAGGUCGCCCCGGGGCACGGCUGCCUGUCUUUCGAGCGCUUCGUGGCCGGGCUCCGUUUCUCUCUGCUGAACCCGGAGAACAAGCAUCAAGCUUCGCUGCUGAAACAACACCAACAAGCACCGCGGCAGAAAACCCACCCCCAACACGGGUCUACCGCGAACAGCGGCCGGGGCAACGAGAACUCGGUAAACAAAGUUCGGCCCCUGGGACCAAGCAACAGCAACGGACCGAACCCGCACCUCAUCCGCCCGAGGCACAACGAAAAGCCGCAGGCACACGCCCUCUACUCGUCCUCCCUAAGCGCCGAGCACCCCUCGGAGAGGAAGCCUGCGACCGCGGCGGUACCUGGAGUGAGGUACGCUAGCAAUGGCAGGAGUCUGGAGCGGAUACCGGUUCUGCACGAAGUGGGUCCGCACCGAAGCGGAAAACAGCAGCAGCGAGUUAGGUCAACCGAGUCCCUCGCUCUGGAGUCCGGACAGCCCCCCAGAUCAGGUGCGUUGGAGGGGGCAUCCAUGCCGAGGUCCCAGAGCGAGACGGUGACGGGGCUGGCUGCGGUCCAGAGGCACGGUCGCGGGAGGGACGAGCAGCGUCGGCAUACCAUCACCAGCGGAGUGGACUACGGCAUGCUGAAGCGGAUGAAGGAACUGGAGCAGGAGAAGGACUCGUUGCUGCAGGGACUGGAGAUGGUGGAGCACGCGCGGGAGUGGUACCACCAGCAGGUCCAGGCUGUGCAGGAGAGGCAGAAACACAUGGGCCAGCACUCGAGCAGCAACGACUUCUUCUCUGAAGCCAGUCAGAGCCGCCUGACCCACCUUCUGCCAAAACUGCAGGACGUGAACCGCUGUCUCGGUGACCUCAUGUCCAGCUCUGGACAGCCCUGCACCUCGUCCCCCAGCGCCCCCAACGGUCUGGCACCCCCUGCUGCCUCGAACCCACAGCAUACUACCUCCAGCCUGGCUAACCCGCACCAAGCCAUCAACAUGCUGAAGGACCAGAACCGCCUGCUCACCAAGGAGGUGACGGAUAAGAGCGAGCGGAUCACUCAGCUGGAGCAGGAGAAGUCUGCGCUCAUUAAGCAGCUGUUCGAGGCACGAGCCCGGAGCAACCACGAAACCAGCGCCCUCGACUCCACCUUCAUCUGACACUGCAGAGACGCCAGCCUGGACCUGGACCCGAGCCAGUCUGGACUGAACAACACUCUGCAAUGUACAAGAGACGUCACACUCCACCCCCCCCUCUCUGUCUCUCUCUCGCUGGUAUUUUUAAGGCUGCUUCCUCCUGUGGACUCUCCCUCCCUCUUUGUCAGUAUCCCUGUUUUUUUGUGGUCAGACCAGCAGAAACUCCAGUCCUGCCAGUCUCCUGGUGGAAGUGCGUUUAACUCCUUGUUUGACCAUUUUGUUUUACACUACAGUUUCUGUUGCUUCCACUGGACACUGUGUACAAUACAGGUCCAGCCACUGCUCCACUCACUGUCUGUGCAGUCUAACCCAGUGGAAACCCAGCAUGAGAUAGUGACUGCUCCCCGCCCCCUCUCCUGUCCUCACCUCUCUCCUCCCAGGGUGUGCUUUGUCAGCGCUUAGGGUUGUGUUCCCAGCUUUGUGGAGCGUUACUGCCCUCCUGUGGCAGCAUGUGGAAGAAGCACCAUUAAGAACGCAGUUCCUGAAGUGGGUAGACUUGCAGCGACCCUCACUGCACCACACUCAAGUUUGACUGUGCCUUGGAAAGGACUGCUUUGAUUUUAAUGAGCUCUGAAUGAAUCCUGUACUUGACUGCCUGCCCAAGUUCUUGGGUCCACGACUUCACCAGUAAAAGCACAGCAAUGUGUAAUAAAGCACAGCGAGAGCAAGAUAAUGCAUAGGGAAGCAUUGUAAAGCACAGA